AUGUCGCACAAGUUCACGUUUGUUAGUUUGUCCUCUGCCGAAAUUCUAACAUGUAUGAACGGUCUUGGAAUUCCCUUUUCCAAGGAGGAUUUGACAAAACCAACUCCGGCACGCGUUCAGGCGUUAUAUGAAGAGUUUCUGUAUAUGUUUAUGGGUGUAACGAAUCAGGAUGUGGAAGGACGGCUAAACAAACUUCGAGAGGAGGUUGAAAACUUGGAUUCAAUGCAAGACACGCUUAUGUUUAUGAUGUUUUACCAAAAAGUUGUUCAAUUUAUGCACAAAAUAUCCGUAGACGAUUUCAGCCUACGAGACUUACUAAAGCCAGAAGCUGCACGAUUACGGCGAAUAUUGUCUGGGGUCAUCAAUUUUGCUAAAUGCCGGGAGCAAAAGCUCCCGUUAUUCGAUGAAUACAUGCAGAAAAGAGAAACGAUACUGCGUAUUUGCACCAGCUGGAGGAAAGUAGGGCCAGAAGAGCACUCCCAAGAGCCCGAAAUAAAACAACUUCAACAGGAAAACGAAGUGCUUCGAGAAACAUUGCGUACAAUGAAAAAAACACAGCUUCAAGCGAAAGCCGAAUACGACAAGCUCAAAUCAGAGGCCAAAGAAUUAAUGUCCAAAGUACAAAGUACGGUGUUCUUUAUCCAAUCAGCCGUUCAGGAGGUGGAUCGGUUGCGCUCUUGCAUCGUUCAUUCGCCCGAAAAGUUGAAGACGACUCUUACAGACAUGUCCUCAACUCUCUCUGCCGACAAAUUAACUUUGUCUCAGCUCGAGCAGAAAAGAAGACAGCUACAAACCCGAAGUGGCGCCUUAACACUUGCGGAGACUGACUUGAAUUCGUGCAUAAAAGCACUUGAUGAAUGCGUGCUCGAAUUAGAAAAGCUUGAACAAGCAAGUCAGCUCUGUUACACUAAUCGUGAGCUGUACGACCAACGGUUGCUGACACAAAAAGAAACAGAGUUCCGUAAAGAGCAACUUCUGCGGCAACUACAUAAUGCUAAGGAAAAGCUUGAUCGUGAGCAACGUUUUGGCGCUUCUAAGCUUGCUGCUGCUCAGGAGCGCAUCGACAAAACACGAGAAGAGUAUCAGAUUAUUUCGCAGGAACGAGCUCAAAAAUUGAAGGAGACAGAAAAGAAAAAGGCACUCAUCACAUCGUUGGAACAGCAAAUACACAAAGCACACGAGGAUGCCGAAUAUCAAAUGCAAGCUAUUAAGACAGAGUUUGCUAAGCUGUCCGCACACGUUGAACUGUACAUGGCUGAAAUGUACAAUGCUAUGCAAGCCAGCUCAUAA